GUUAUAGUCAGCGGAGCAGUUUUCAGUGAUGGUAGUGAGUAAAUGGGGGCUUUUUUGUGCCUCAAGCCUUUCUGUCCUGCAUGUGGUAGGAAUGAAGAAUCUGGCUGAAAUGAGGCACCAUCUUCCUCUGCUUCUGCUCUUGCUUCUAGGAGCCGUGAGGACGCAAGUCAAUCCCGGUGUGUGCCGUUACCCACUGGGAAUGUCCGGGGGACAGAUCCAGGAUGAGGACAUCUCCGCCUCCAGCCAGUGGUCCGAAUCCACCGCGGCCCGUUACGGCAGACUGGACUUCGAGGAGGGUGACGGUGCCUGGUGCCCAGAGAUCACCGUGGAGCCCGACCACUUGAAUGAGUUCUUGCAGAUUGACCUGCGCUCGCUGCACUUCAUCACGCUCGUGGGCACACAGGGCCGCCACGCUGGCGGCAUGGGCAAUGAGUUUGCCCAGAUGUACAAGAUCAAGUACAGCCGUGACGGGAACCGCUGGAUCUCCUGGAGGAACAGACAGGGCAGGGAGAUCAUCGAGGGCAACAGGAACGCGUACGACGUGGUGCUGAAGGACCUGGAGCCUCCCAUCAUCGCCCGCUUCGUCCGCUUCAUGCCCGUGACGGACCACUCCAUGAACGUGUGCAUGAGAGUGGAGCUUUAUGGCUGCGAAUGGCUAGAUGGCUUGGUGUCCUACAGCGCCCCCACAGGCCAGCAAAUGAUCUAUGAAGACCUGCAGGUUCAGCUCAACGACUCCGUGUAUGAUGGGGCUGUGGGCUACAGCAUGACCGAAGGGCUUGGCCAGCUGACAGAUGGCAUGUGCGGCCUGGACGACUUCACUCUCAGCCAUGUCUACGGCGUCUGGCCUGGCUAUGACUAUGUGGGCUGGAGCAACGAGAGUCUCCCCAUGGACUAUGUGGAGAUCAUGUUCGAGUUCGAUCGGAUACGCAACUUCACCACCAUGAAAGUGCACUGUAACAACAUGUUCACCAGUCGGGUGAAGAUGUUCCGGCAGGUGGUCUGCCGCUUCCGCUCGGAGUCGGACUGGGAGCCCACGUCGGCCUCCUUCAGCCCCAUCAUGGACAACGCCAACCCCAGCGCUCGCUUCGUCACAGUCUCCCUCCACAACCACAUGGCCAGUGCCAUAAAAUGCCAGUACUACUUCGCUGACACCUGGAUGAUGUUCAGUGAAAUAACUUUCCAGUCAGACACGGCAAUGUACAAUACCACCCUACCACCCUCAAACACUGACCCCCCAACAAGCACUCAGCCAGGUGACGACCCUACUCAUAAAGUGGAUGACAGCAAUACAAGGAUUCUGAUUGGCUGCUUGGUGGCAAUCAUCUUCAUCUUGGUGGCCAUUAUAGUCAUGAUUCUGUGGAGGCAAGUUUGGCAGAAGAUGCUGGAGAAGAGUGAAACCUACACCUACAGCAGCAACAACAACCACUCAUCGUCUCCCAGCGAACAGGAGUCCACCUACGAGAGGAUCUUCCCCCUCGGCCCAGACUACCAGGAGCCCUCACGCCUCAUCCGCAAGCUGCCCGAGUUCUCCCAGGUCACAGAGGAGGCCGCGGGGACCAGUGUAGCCUCAAAACCAGCUCAAGCCAGUGGCCAGGAAGGCGUACCUCACUACGCCGAGGCUGACAUCGUCAACCUGCAGGGGGUGACAGGGAGCAACACCUAUGCCGUGCCCGCCAUCACGAUGGACCUGCUGUCUGGAAAGGACGUGGCCGUGGGGGAGUUUCCCAUGAAGCUGCUGAGCUUCAAGGAGAAGCUUGGGGAGGGACAGUUCGGAGAGGUGCAUCUCUGUGAGGCAGAGGGCAUGCAGGAUUUCAUGGACGAGGAUUUCUCUUUCGACGUCAGCCCCGGCAUGCCCGUGCUUGUAGCUGUGAAGAUGCUGAGAGCAGAUGCCAAUAAAAAUGCCAGGAAUGACUUCCUGAAAGAAAUCAAGAUCAUGUCACGGUUAAAAGACCCCAACACCAUCCGCCUGCUGGCAGUGUGCAUUUGCGCCGAUCCCCUCUGCAUGAUCACAGAAUACAUGGAGAAUGGGGACCUUAACCAGUUCCUGUCCCGUCACGAUCCCAAGAUCCAGGCAGCCUUCUUCGGGAAUGCUGCCAUAGUCACUUACAGUAACCUGCACUACAUGGCCAUGCAGAUAGCCUCUGGCAUGAAGUACCUGUCCUCACUAAACUUCGUCCACCGAGACCUCGCCACACGCAACUGCUUGGUGGGCAAGAAUUACACCAUCAAGAUUGCUGACUUUGGCAUGAGCCGUAACCUGUAUAGUGGGGAUUACUAUCGCAUCCAGGGCCGUGCCGUGCUGCCCAUCCGCUGGAUGUCCUGGGAGAGCAUCCUCCUGGGCAAGUUCACCACCGCCAGUGAUGUAUGGGCUUUCGGCGUAACCUUGUGGGAGAUCCUGACUUUCUGCAAGGAGCAGCCCUAUUCGCAGCUCUCCGACGAGCAGGUCAUCGAGAAUACUGGCGAGUUCUUCAGGGAUCAGAAGCGACAGAUCUACCUGCCCCAGCCGGCCGCCUGCCCCGAUCCUGUCUAUAAGCUCAUGCUGAGCUGCUGGCAAAGGAACGCCAAGGAGCGGCCGCCGUUCCAGGACAUCCACCGUGUGCUGCUGGAGUGCCAGCCAUGACCACGGCAGCGGCAGCUGGGAUGGGGGGGGGGGGGUGUGCGGGGGGGCACCUCAGCACGCUGCUCGGACGUUUGUGCCCAGCACAUUCCCAGCAGCCUCGUGCUGGUCGACGCCCUUUGCCGGAUACUCCUAGGUUCUCAUGCAGGCGGGCGUUCCUCUCCCCUUCUGUGAGACAGUACUUACUGCUGUGUAACUAUUGUUAUUUUCAUAUCUGUGCCAGAACAGGGGCAACCUGAAGUGCUUGGGGGGGGCUGGCGCGGCAGGAAGGGUUAGGUGCCAGUAGGAGGCCUGAAAGUACUUUUGAAACGACCGACUCAAAUUUAAUCUAGUAACGCAGCAAAAAAAAGUUCCAUAUAAAAAGGCUUCCCCUGGUCACCUACCUUUCUCAGUUUCUUUUUUCCCCCUGGAAUUAAUUAGAUUGAUAGUAUUUGCAAAUAGCAAUGUUACUGUCAUGAAAGGGACUGAAUUCUUUCAUGAUUCCUUUUAGUAAAAAAAAAAAAAAAAAUGCACAAAUAUCACAUUUCAGGCCUUCACCACAAAAUGUCACAUUUUUGGCUUUUGAAUAGAUAUUUGAUUUGGCUUUUGAUUGCUGAUUUGGUUUGAUUAGAUUAGUAGGCAUUACGAAUAAUUACAGCAGUCAAAAUAAAAAGCCAAUAUAUAAUUUUGUUGUUACAUAGGUCUGGAAGUUGACUUUUUGCAUAUGGUUUUUGGUUUGUAUUCAUAAGGGACAGUUUGAAAUCAUAGCUGUCCCUUAAAUGUUCUUAGUGGAUUUUAAGGAAUAUUUCACACAUUUUUAUGUUCUUUUGUUUUAUUAAGGAAUGAGGGCAUGUCUUGCUGUUCGUUUUCCUGUGGGACUCAUUACAAUGAAACUCAAUGUGUGUCAGCACAGGACCAAGGGCAUUGUGUAAUGUAGGUGAAUUAAAUAUUCAUAGUUUUAAUACAAAGAAUAAUCUCAAAUAUCACUUUGUAUCAGAUAAUUUUGUCACAAUUGUACAUGUAACAAUAUCUGCUAUUUUAAGCAACUUUGUGCAUUAGGUUUGUACUGUUAACGUUCUACAAAUUUUGUAAUGUUGCAUUUUUUUUAUUUCUUUAUUUUUAAUAAGUGAUAAUGUGCUUUUAUGUAAGGUCCACAGCAGUACUCAGUUUCAGUCUCGAGUCAAACACUGACAGUUUCUUGCAGGUAGGCUAGUAUACAUUUUACAGUAGAGGCCUGAUAUCAUGCUCAGCACAGACCUGGAAUUCUGGAAUAGUCCAAUUAAACUGCUUCAAGCUCGGGAAAUUCA